GAUGCGGCAAAUUUAAUCGCUGUGGAGUCAGUGAGGACACGCUGGAGCAGAGCAAACAGCUGCGCAGUAGACUGUACCUCUGUUGAAACUCCAUCAUCCAGGACUGUUCACCAGCAACCAGUAUGAGUAUGGAACUCGAACUGAAGAAUGUGGAUUUGAGAGCCGGAGAUGAGCUGAAAAUAAAAGGGGUAAUUCUGCAUGAUGCAGAGAGAUUCCAGAUUGAUCUCGGCUGUGAUGCAGAUGACCUGGCACUGCACUUCAAUCCUCGGUUCCAUGAUGACACUGAUGGUGCUGUGCUGGUGUGCAACUCAAAGAUUGCUGGUUGCUGGGGCGAUGAAAAACGGGAAAUUCACAACCCCCUACAGAGGGGUGCUGAUGUCAAGAUUGUGUUGAAGCUGGCUGAAGACACGUUUGAGGUGGAACUUCCUGAUGGACAGGAAGUCCAGUUUCCAAAUCGUGUUGGUAUGGGUACCAUCAGCUACAUCAGAGUCACGGGGGACUUCAAACUGAAAUCCUUCAAGAUCUGCUAAGAGAUACAACUGUAGUAAACAGAUGCUGUGUUUAACACUUUAGUUACAGAUAAUGUUUGACUGUCUGAAUGUUAUUCUUACAAUAACAGUCAGUUAUUGACUGAAGAAUCAUUAAGAGAUAAAGAGAAAUUAAUACAUGUAAGUGAUUUAAAAUGUCCUGUUGUGCAAAAUGAUAUAAAAUGUUUACAGUCAAA